GAGAGGAGCAAGUGGGCGGAGUUAAAAUCUCAACAGGCGAAACCGCUUGUCAGCUCCUUCAGUUCAGUUUGAUUGCGCGAAAACACGAGAGAUUCACACGGUGUGAGCAUGGCCACCGACUUCACGCAAGACUCCGUGCUGCGCUUCAUCAUCAACAACGGCGGGACGGUGCGAAACGCGGAUUUGUUAACGCACUUCAAGCGGUUUCUGCGGGAGGACGAGGAGAGGGAGCAGAACCGGGAGUUGUUUAAGAGGUAUGUGAACACCGUGGCGACUGUGAGGCAGGAGGAGGGGGUGUCUCAUGUUGUUUUGAGAAAAAAAUACCGUAUGCAUCUCGGAGACGUCGCUAAGAACCGCGAGCCGGUAGGAGACUCAAAACAAGCCUUGACUGGGAAACCACAAGCUGCUUUGACCAUCCCGAAUCACGUCGAAAUCCUGCCAGUUGCUGGUAUCCUCACCACCACCACCAACAACAACAACAACAACAACGAUUCUACUCCCAGUUUUGGGAAAGCUGUCAGAACUUCAUCGCCUCAUGGGAGGGUACAACCUUCAGUAUCUACUUCCUGUGAGAAACAGGUUAACGACACCUGCCCUUUGAAACCAGCCCCAUCUGACACGGACAGCCGCUCGAAUGGGAGCGGCCAGAGCUAUGAACAACAGACAUGGGAGGUGAAAGCAACCAGGGAGGCAACAGAGCCGGAGCACAACAGUGUUUACGUUGCCAAACAGAGACAAUUAAAGGAAGCAGAUGGUUGUGAGCAAUCCAUCGUCAACCCUGCGCAUUGUGCUUACUACGAGGUUAAAGUGUCACCUACCGUUGAAAAGAAAAGCACCCCAGACAUUCACAUUAAAGAAUGGCCUAUGGACUCGCCCCUUGGACAGUCUCACAUAUACAAGUCUUCACCUUGCCUUCUGGACCGUCCUGUUUCUCCACACAUACACACCCAGACGUACAACCAAGCUGGCUUAAGCCAAAGCAAUGAUAGUCUACUACGACCAAACGGACGGUUCAAUGGAUUUCCGAUCCAGGAGCGGGACGAAUAUGAGCCUCACGGCUUGUUCGUUGACGAUCCUGCAAUGUACCUGCAGGUCCGUCGUCCAUCGAGUCUAUCCUCAAGUCAUGAUAGCGUCUCAAUCCCAUCCCCUACUUCUACUCCACCUGACACCGGUUGGCCGCAUGGCAAUGAGUGGUCCAGCGACCAGGGACUUGUCCCAGGACAAGAUGGGAACGAUGUACGCACUUUCCUGCGUCGCACUCAGGAAGCACGACUGCUUUUGCAACUGCACCAACAGAGUCGCUCCAUCACACCCAUGCAUCAUUCGAUGGGUCACCUCGUCGACGAGGACUCGAGAGCGUCUACACGAAGCAGUUCUCCAGAGACCCGUCACGGACCCAUCGUCCGCCGCUUGACGUCCCGCCUGCAGAGUCGCAUGUGCCGGAGUCUCGGGGAAAACCUUGAUCAGCCGUUCCCAGAGGACAACAUCUCAGCGCGGCAGAACCGUCUCCAGCUGCUGUCCUCGACUCUAAGCAUGGGAAACUUAAUCUCGCAGUCCUCUAGUCGAGGACAAAGUUUCAGAGACCUUUCAUCGCCUGCUGGAUCCACACGAAGCUUAUCAACCUCUGUGCACGAUGGUUCCUUCAGCAGCAAACAUUACUCCAUCCCUCUUGACCACAGAGAACAUGACUGGUUUGUCAAAGCGGCAUCAGGCACGUGGACCGACAUCUACGCUCUCUUCCGAGAUGACCCGAACCUCUUGAGCAAGCGAGACUUCAUAUCCGGCUUCACCGUCGUCCACUGGAUUGCCAAACACGGGGACCAUCGCGUCUUAAACACGCUGUCAUACGGCGUCGACAAAGUCGGGAUGACUCUGGAUGUCAACGCAAAGACUUUGGGUGGCUACACGCCGCUUCACCUGGCCGCCAUUCAUGGCCAUAAGAAACUCAUUCGGCUCCUGGUGCAAAAGUUCAAAGCUGAUGUGCAGAUUAGGGACAGCAGUGGAAAGAGACCGUGGCAAUAUCUGAGCAAAGACGAACAACGGGACAUCUUAGAGCUUCUAGGCGCAUCACAAAAACGCAUUAGUGGUAGUCCAGCAAUGCCAGCAAACCUGUCCACAAGACCUGCGACGACCAAGGUGAAUGUCAAAAGACAUACGUCUAUCGCUGCACUGUUCAAACACAAGUCUCACUUGACAGUCUCAUCUGGUCCAGAAGACUUCUAGCGGCUAGAUUGUUGUAAGAACCUUGGUGGCACUUUUUGCUGGUGAAAAACACCUAUUUUUAUAAGUAAAAUGUGGAAACUUGCAUCGAAUGGUUCAAAGUUUUGUAACCUUGUAUAUCCACAAAUGGGUUUGUGUGUCUUCUGUGAACGAUAUUUGUAUAUUUUGGUGUUUUGAAACUGUGAGGCAGAUAUUAUACACCUUUCUUGUAUUCUGAACAUAUUAUGCUAAAGGGAUAGUUCACCCCCAAAUUAAAGUGCUCUAAUUUUUUGCUCACCCUGAAUAUUGUUUCAAACCUGUUGUUUUUUAUUUUGUUCCAUGCAUCUAAUGAAUUUCAAUCUCAAGUCCAAAAAAUGCAGUUCUUCAAAAUAUCAGAAGGUAGAAAGCCAUGCACAUUUGUAGAAACCUGUAGCUGAGUGAAUGACGGCAGGAUUAACAUUUUGGGUGGACUGUCCCUUAAACAAGUCUCAUAUGCAACAGAGUUUUGCUUGUGCUGACAAAUCAGAUUUCCCUUCUUGUUGUUUCAGACUGACGAUCAUCUAAAUACAUAUUCUGCUCAUAACAAGUUUUUAAUUUCCUCUACAGGGACAACUUUGUUCCAGUGCCCUGUAUUUGUUUUUAUCCUUGAGCUCUGCAGGUGUAGGAAACUCUUUCUGCCCCCGUUGUUGUACUUAAUCUAGGAAACUAUGUAAGCAUUUCAAUCUCAUUUACGGUUUUAGUUUUUUCAUGUUGGGAUGCUGCAGUUGGUGACUAUCUUCACAUGAUCUCAGACUUUGGUGCUCUCCAGCACUGUCCGCAUUGGUGAUGAAUACCACAGAUAAGCUCCUAGCUGGUUUAGACCGUUUAAUAUUUAACUCACCUUUCCUCUUUAUCUUAAUACGUUGGAAUGAGCAAUAAAGACAAAAACCUUCAAAUUCCAACCCAUUUAUAAGAACAUUUAUUUAUUGCUGAGGAGAUGCCAAAACAACGGCAACUCCCAGACCUUCUUAAGUGCUUAGGUCAAGUUUUCUUUCUUGUUUUUUUUUUUCUCAGAAUCAUUGUAUAGAGUGAGUUGAAGUGGGAAUGGCAGUUCUCUGUUGGUUUGCAUGCUGGGCUAAACCUGUUUUUGCGUGUUCUGUCUGAUCUGAGAGAUACAGGAAAACAGAGUUUGGUAUGAUCGGUGGAGCCGGGUGUUUUUCUUUCUCUUUCCCUAUCACAGUUAAACUUUUUUUGUUAUUCCAUGGAAACUUCACGGCCUGGACUGUGGUUAUGAAAUGUUGUGUUUGCUGACACGUUUCGACAUGUCAGUGUGUGUUGGCUGUGUUUUUGCUCUGCAUUGAGUCUUACAUAAUAUUUACACUUUGUAAUGCACCUUUAUGUUCCAGAGUUAUUAUUUGAAUAAAAGACUUUGACCUUUGUAAAAC